UGGGCUUAUUGACAAACAGACAAGGGAUGCAUCCCAACCAGGAGAAGGAGAGAAUCCUCCCCCCGAGUCGAGGCCAAUAUCAAUAACCCCACACAACACAAUGGCCCCACCGCCGCAGCAACCACCCGAGCCAUCGGCAUCACUCCACCGAGACGACGCCGACGACGAUGACGAGAGCGUGAAGCAGCUCCAGCAGUGCUCCUCUCUCUACCUGUCCUUGCAGGAAUGUCUCGUAAAUUCCAACAGGAAUUGGAAAUCCUGUCAGAAGGAAGUUCAAGCUCUCAAGACAUGCAAUGAGAGGAGAAAAAAUGGCGGAGGAAGUUCAUAAUGAAUUGUUUGAGUAUUGAUUUCCUUUUUUUCUUUUUUCAAUUUAGAUAUCGACACAUUGGAUUUUCCGUUUCUCCGGUUGAACGAGAGCCCUUUCAAGCUGGAAUCCUUUAUUUUCCAGAUUUCGGAUUUUGAUGUUGUUUAAUCUCCUGUUGUUCAUAUGACUUGAACAUGCUGGAAGAGACUACAUACCUCAAGGUCUGGAUCUUUGUCUAUGUCGGCAUUCAAUUAAAGAAGUUUGUGAUGCGGUGAUCCUUGUCUUGCGGUGGUCAUGCUCGUGAUUCUGCUGGAAACUUGCGAGAAGCCGGAUUGGUUCAAGCACCCGUAGGGAGACUUUGAAAACCGGUCAUUAGCGCAGCUUAUGAUUUCUGUACGACCAAUCUUCAUCGUUCCAGAGAAGAGGAAGCAAUUGAAUCGCGUCUGACUUUGAGGUUGAAUGAUGGAAGCCUGCAUAAAUUCAUUGUAAUGAUGUGCUUGAACAAUGGUUUCUGGACUUGGAAGGCCUUCCCUUCCUCCUCCUUCGUUCUUCUCGUAACUGCAGUGAAUUUGAAUGCUGCUUCAAUCUUUUCUUUGAGAGCAUCA